GCAAGGCGUCUGGUCCAGUGGAUCGGAUCUCGUCAAAACAACACGGGGGCGAGCAUGCAUGCUCAUGGAAUGACUCCCGCAGCAUAGGUCGCUGGCGCACCCCACAACUGCACCCCAAUGGCUGUUUGGUCAGUGCAGACUGGGAAUCAACAAUGAGAUAGACUAUGGUGUUUAUUGCUGAUAGGCUAUACAUCAAUGCUAGUGAUCAUCCAUAUAUGAUAUCCAUAUCAUUAUAUUAUAAGCAACACGACCAGGAGAGAGAACGAUGCUGGAUGGACUCCGGCGGAGGCACGGCUCUCGCCCUUCCCCCCGGCCCCUGUCACUCAACUUCACCACCUUCUCAGCCCCGCCCCCAAGCCCUGAUAUUGACAGCAAUCAUCAUCCAAUCAGGAGGACUCUACACAGGCUGAAGUUGAUGAGCUCCCCCAGUCUCAGUGAACUGGGAAAGAGUGAGAAGGGAUCACCGGAGGAGAGAGGAGAGAAACAGAAGAGGGCCGGGGCCAACGCUACCUGGAACAGCAUCCACAAUGCUGUCAUUGCCGUCUUCCAGAAGAAAGGUCUGUCUGACAAUGAACUCUAUGUCCUCAACGAAGGUGUCAGAUACCUAUUGAAAACAGAGCUGGGGUCGUUUUUCACAGAAUACCUCCAGAACCAGUUGCUGACAAAGGGCAUGGUCAUCCUACGGGACAAAAUAAGAUUCUACGAAGGUCAGAAGUCACUGGACUCUCUGGCAGAGACAUGGGACUUCUUCUUCUGUGAUGUUCUCAACAUGCUGCAGGCCAUCUUUCACCCAGUACAGGGUAAGGAGCCCAAUGUGAGACAGCUGGCUCUGCUCCACUUCAGGAACACCAUAGUUCUGAGUGUGAAGCUGGAGGACGCUCUGUCUCGGCCCCGCGCCCGCAUUCCCCCCUCCGUCACACAGAUGCUGCUUAUACUGCAGGGUGUCCAUGAGUCGCGGGGUGUGAGUGAGGACUACCUGCGGCUGGAGUCUCUGGUCCAGAGGGUGGUCUCUCCUUACCUGGGCACCCACGGCCUCUACUCUGGAGGCGGCAGCGUGGCACACUGCUCCUGUGUGCUGGAGAAGCGUUUGCAGUGGUGCUGGCCUAAGCAGCCUGUGGACCAGCCGUCUAAGAACCCUGUGGUCCGUUCUAAGAGUUACAACAUCCCUCUCCUCCUGACGCCCGUGGCAGAGUAUGACCCUGAUGCCAGCUCGGUGGGCAGCGGGGGCAUCCGACGCCACUCUGCCUGUGAGAUCAUCUCCUGCCUGGAGGAACAGGGGCUGGCCUACGCUGACAUGGCCUCCAGGUCCGACGCAUCCACCUCCAGCGCCUCUUCUAACAGGCUCUGUGUGGUUCCACAGUUCAGAGGAACCAUGGAGUCUCCUCUCCCCUCCCCCUCCAUCCUCCCCCUGCACUCCCCAGGACCCCUCCAUGGGACGGAGGCAACAAUGACCCUUACGGACAUGGACAAGGCUGCCCCCUCCUCUCCACCCAGUGGAUCCUCCAGCCCGGAGACCGUCAUUGGACAGGUGCUGGAGUCCCUGGACUUAGAUUCAGACGGGAAAUUCAUAGAAUUCCCAGCCCCGCUGCUCAGAGUCAAUGAGAUAUGGUCGGGAGAGUAGGCAGAGCACUGCGUAGAGGGAAUCAUGGGUAGCUUGCCCUCCCCAAAUAUCUUAUCUUUGACAUUAGGGGGAAAAUUCUAAACUGACCUUAGAUCAGUGGCUAGGCUAGAGGCAACCUAGACCUAAAAAGACAUGGUUAAGUGCACUCCAUACUUCUCCCCACAAGAGGCCUAUUUUUAGUCAGCGUUUACUUAGAGAUAAAACCAACUUUUCUAAGCAUUUGAUUAGAUCUGAAUAUAUCUGCUUUUUUGGGAUGCUUAUGUUUUGUGUGUUUUGAAACUUGACUCUCAUCACUAUGAUGCCAUACCUUGUAGGCCCUUGGAUGUGGGCCCUAGGAUUGUGUCUGGGUUUUCAUCUACAAAACUUGGAGAACUGCAGUUACCAUAACAUUCAAAGAUAAAAGUAGCUUUUGGAGUGAAUACACUAUGUGAAUGUAAUUUGGUCACAUCUUGCUUCUCAUUCUAAGAACCUGCCUAGUUCAAUCUGUGUUAACCUGGCUUGUCCCAUCUGUAUGUUCCUCUUCCUCUGUGUGUUUUUUUACUGUCAUGCCAAACAUGACAUGUAUGGUGUGACAAUGAUAGAGAAGUUGGCUAAAGUACUUCUGGGACCAGUCUGUCAUCCUCUUUUCAAAGGUCAUAAAGCAUUCAUGUUAUGUAUUACCCAUAGAAACUAAAUAUUGAACUGUAAUUGGUGUUUACUGUUUACUUAUGAUGAGAAAAUUAGGGUUUAACGAUAAUUCAUGUUGUCUCAUUUACUGUGUUGUGUGGCACUUCAACUGUAAAUAAAUCGUUUUUUUAGGACAGCUAGGUAUUGUGAAGUAAGCUUUUUAACUUAACUUGUGAUUUCAAUAAGGGCUUUUUAACUGAAGCUAUUUUUAUGAUGUUUUACCUCAACCGUUUUUUAAUACUUAGCUUUUUUUGACAAUCUGUAAUGAGAAAUUUUUAUCCAAGGUUGUAAUUAUCAUUCUUUUGUGAUAUCAGAUUUGAAUAAAAAUUCUAAUGGCUAA